AUGGCAACAAAUUCAGCAAGUGAUGAAGAAAUUGUAUUAGAAACAAACGAUAAAAUUGAAAAUUCCUCAUUAACAAAAGAUGAAAAUAAUAUUAUAAAUAGUGAUAGUCCAUUCCAUUUACUCGAAGGUCGAUGGACAUUCUGGUAUACACAUCGACCAACAACAUUUCGAAAUAGUGCAGUUAAUUAUGAUUCUUGUUUAAAAAAACUUGGUACAUUUGGUUCGAUUGAAGAAUUUUGGUGUUAUUAUGAUCAUAUGAAAUUUCCGUCUGAUCUUCCACUUUAUAGUGAUAUUCAUUUAUUUAAAGAAAAUUUAAAACCAAUGUGGGAAGAAGAAGGAAAUCGUCUUGGUGGUAAAUGGAUUUUACGUUUAAAAAAAGGUUUAUCGACUCGUCUAUGGGAAUUACUUGUUUUGGCUGUUAUUGGAGAACAAUUUAAUGUUGGAAAAGAAAUAUGUGGAAUUGUUUGUUCAAUUCGACCGCAAGAAGAUCUUAUAAGUAUAUGGACUAAAACUGCUAAUAAUCAAUCAGUGACACAAAGAAUUAAAGAAGCAAUGAAAAAAGUUCUUAAUUUACCGCAAGAUUGUCCAGUGGAGUAUAAAACACAUAAUGAUUCCUUACGUGAUAAUUGUAGUUAUCGAAAUACAGAUCGUAUGACCGAUCAUUUCUUUCAAGCAGUUAAUCCAUUAUGGUAUAUACCAUGUGAUGGUGGUCUUUUACAAUUAGCUAUUAUUACAUUUUGGCCAAAUAUAAUGUCAUAUGAUUAUUUGGGAUUAUUAGGUCAAUUUAUGAAAUAUUUAGCAUACAAUCAUCAUUGUUUACUUGUAUGGAUAUUUUCGAUUUCAAUAUUUUUACAUAUUUUUGAAGCAUGUGUUGCUUGGCGUAUAUGUAAAAGAUUAAAUAUUGAUUCGAAUAAUACUCGUCGAUGGUUUAUACAAACAUUGCUAUUAGGUUAUCCUUCAUUAGGUAUAUUACGACAAUAUGCAACCAAGAAACGAUAA